CUCUAGUUUCUAUAACUUUAUGCGUAUAUUAAAACUGUAGAUUAAACUGUUUGUUGGUGUGUUUAUAUUGGGUGCAGAGAAUCACUCCGUUAUUACAUAAUAUAUUUUAUAUAAGAAGUGUGACGUACGCUGCACUACAGAUGAUUUUGUGGGUUACAGUCCUGAUAGGAUACUUUACCUUAAAAUGGUUCUUGGGGAGGUUAAAGGUCAAUAAUUAUGGUGUAAAGUAUGUCCUAAUAACCGGUUGUGAUACAGGAUUUGGAAAUCUUUUGGCAAAAAGAUUAGAUGGUUUAGGAUUUCAUGUUAUUGCUGCCUGUCUGAAACAAGAUGCUGCAACUGAACUAAAGAAGACGUCAUCCGAACAUCUUCAGACACUUCAAUUAGAUGUUUCGUCAGAAGAUGAUAUCAAGUCUGCACUCACCAAGGUAAAAUCAAUUUUACCUUCCAAUAGAGGACUAUGGGCUGUUGUAAAUAAUGCUGGUAUAGGUGGCACUAUCGGACCUAUCGAGUGCUUAAACAGAAAAGACUACAUGGAUACACUGGCUGUUAAUUUACUUGGCUUAAUAGACGUCACUAAAAUGUUUUUACCACUGAUAAGAAAGGAAAGAGGAAGGGUAGUUAACAUCGCCAGCAUAAUUGGACGCAUUGCUUUGGUACCUACACCGUACUGUGUUUCAAAAUAUGGAGUAGAAGCUUUCUCAGAUAGCCUACGACGAGAGGUGUAUCACCAAGGAAUAAAGGUCAGUAUCUUGGAACCGGGAUAUUUUAACACAGAGAUACUCAACGCCCAGAAACUUGAUGAAAAAUUUCAAGACGCAUUUAAUCAAGGAGAUUCUGAGUUCCGGCAAUAUUAUGGACAGGAGUUUAUUGAUCAAAGUAAGAUGAUGAUUAAACAACUCCGGGAGAAAUCAUCCAGUAACUUAUUCGAAGUAAUCGACGCUUACGAACACGCCAUCACUGCCAGAUACCCCAAAUCCAGGUACAUCCUUGGAAACGACGCUAAAUACUUUUUCAGAUUGUUAUGGACUAUCCCAGAAUGGAUGUCGGAUUUCAUUAUUUGUUUUAGCUCACCUCGGCCCAAGGGAUCACGAUAGGCCACGUUAAUGAGUCUGUCCUGGUAUCGAGAUGGCCACCGCAGAUCCGUAGCUAGCGGGGUCAGGGGGGGGGGGGAAGGGGCCGCCGAACCCCGCCGCCCUUUCCAUUGGACGCAAUAUGAAGCCAACGACCAACGUGCUCAUACCAGUAUGGACGCCCCAUAAAGCCAAGUGACAUUGGUUGGGCUGCCCCCCCCCCCAGCCCCCACACCGAUAGCUACAGUCCUGCGCCCACCCUUGAAAACAGUCUGACGACAUAAUUACUGUCUGAACCUUGCUAUUUUAUAAACGGAUUUCUUCGAUUAUGAACAAACUGUUUAACUUUGGUUAAUAAAAACUUACCUGUGUGUUUGAAAUCAACCCCGGUUAAAUAAAAUCCAUUGCACAAUUAAAUAUCUCAACGAAUAAAAAAGUU